GCUCCUACCUUGCUUCAGUCAACUGCAAAACGCGCUAUAGAUAUGUACCGAAUAUAAAAAAGUAAUCGUGAUAACGCUCUUAUCUCGAUAAGCUAUCCCGACUAUGUGUAAUCGCCCGAUCGGGGUCUAGUUUCGUGCUAACUCUGUGUGUGCUGGACGAAAAAAUGUUUAAAAAAAACCGACCGAAGCCCGCCCUGGCGCACAGUGACUCUGUGGAGAACAACAAUGUGGUGAAAAGACAGAAUGUGCCCCCUUCGCCGGUUUCGCCCAUCAGCAAGGCCUCCUUGCAGUUCCAUUGCCAGCUCGCCCACGGGAGUCCCACGGUUUUCGUCUCCGGGUUUUCCAAUGUCAAGGAACUGUACCAGAAGAUCGCGGAGUGCUUCGAUUUCCCGGCGUCAGAGAUAUUAUUCUGCACCUUGAACACAUACAAGGCGGAUAUGAAGAAGCUGUUAGGAGGCCAAAUCGGCUUAGAGGACUUCAUUUUUGCACACAGAAAAGGCCGACCCAAAGAAGUCGAACUGGUAAAAUCCGAAGAUGCACUCGGGCUAACAAUCACGGACAAUGGCGCCGGCUUCGCUUUCAUCAAACGCAUCAAGGAAGGCUCCGUCAUACACAACAUACCCCACAUUCAAGUAGGAGACCACAUAGAGAAGCUCAACGGGGAAGUGAUGGUCGGCAAAAGACACUUCGAAGUCGCAAAAAUCUUAAAGGAAAUUCCCAAAGGAGAGACUUUCACGAUUCGGUUGAUCGAGCCGAUGAAGAGCGGUUUCAACAGCAUAGCGCCGAAGAGCAACUCGAGGGGGGGUAGCAAAAAAUCUAAUUACGGUACUGGACGAGAGACGCUCAGGUUUAAGGCGGGAGGGAACGCGGAGAUAGAGGAGAAGGAUGACGUGAUGGACGUCGGCGUGGAGAAAAUCAACUCGAUCCUGGAGAGCUUCCUCGGGAUCAACGACGAAGAGCUCGCGACCCGAAUCUGGGAAACCGCCAUGGGAAAAACCAACUCGAUGGACUUCGCCGACGCUGUGGACAAUUCCGAUUUAGAAGAACUGGGUUUCACGGACGACUUGGUAAUUGAGUUAUGGGGAGCAAUCACAGACGCUCGAGACGGAAGAAUUUGAUGAAGCAGUGCCACUUUCAUUUAUUUAUAAACAAUUUCGCAUUUCUUGCAUCUUCACCGGGUGCAUCGAUUAGACAAUGAAAUUAUUUGUGUUAUUAAUGUAAUUUUUAAAAUAAAAACAAUUAUGUA